GAGAGUGGCGAACAGGGUAACAGAUAUGUAUCGGUGGUAGAAGACUACUUUACCAAAUAUGUAAAUCUGUAUGCUCUUCCUAACCAAACAGCCCAGUCGGUAACACAGUGUUUGUUCGAGGAUUAUGUUUUAGUGCAUGGUAUUCCAGAAGCUGUUCACAGUGAUCAAGGUCAGCAGUUUGAAGCAGAGAUUGUGCAAAGACUGUAAAUGUUUAGGGAUUAACACGACACGCACCACCCCGUAUAAUCCCAAUGGUGCCAUCCCGGGUAUCAUCAGAUUUACCUUCUUCCCAUGCAGACUUUGUGGCCUCUUUGGCAGGGAAACUGGAGAUGGCGUUUGGUGGUGCCAGACAGAGAGGUGUCCAAGCACACGAGAAGCAAAAGCUGUACUACGACAGAGCCGUCCGUCACACACCAUAGGCAGUAGGAGAUUUGUUGUGGCUUCAUAAUCCCACAGAGGACCGUAUGAAAUUGGCUCCCCACUGGAAGGGACCACACCGGGUCCUGGCUGUGUUGGGCUCUCAAAGAGAACUGGGGCUUACCUAUCGGAUUGCCUGUCCUUUGGACUCUGACGGACAGACACAGGUAGUCCAUUACGACAGACUGAAACGUUACACAUUGCCACUGCUCGCUGGCUUGUCAAGUUGCCCUCCCACUUCCCCUCUUCAUGCCCAACCACAGCAGGGCGAGGGACCCUCCUAUGGGGACUGGACAGCUGAGGAGCCCCUCGUUGCUGGGGGCACAGGGCUGCCACCACAGACUGUAUCCCAUUCAGGAAGAGCUGUGAGACAGCCAGUUCAUUUCAAGGACUUUAUCAGUUAUAGUUAACCGGUUAAUUUCAAUGCAAACAGGGUGUCUAACAAUGUGUGGUAUUAUAUCUGAACUACGAAUGUGGGUUGACAUGCUGUUUGAAUGUUGGUUUGUUAUUAUUUCUGUGGAGCAGAACGUAAAUGUUGUACCGCAAAUGAUUUGAGAUUGAGAUAAUAAUAAUAAUAAUAAUUGAGAUAAUUGUGGUGAUUAUUUUGGUUUAUUAUUUUGGCAAAACAGCUAUUUUGAUUAGGAAUAGUGGGUAGGAUGCUCUGUGUUUAUGGUUAAGGGUAUAGUGUAACUGCUUUGUACCCGUACCGCCAAGAACACACACAGGCUGGAUUGGAUGAUGGUUCUUUAUGUGGUAGCUGUAAUGAGGUAGAUGCGCACACACAAUAUAUGAUUUAUCACUUUCACCGGAUCCGACAUCCCAAGCAGAGAGCUGGAAAACUGGUCAAGUACAUCACAUCUUGACAUUUUAUUAUCUUUUAGGGACCUUUAUUUUGAAGGAGCAUAACGGAAGUGUCUGCGUGUGGGUCGCUGUUUUGACUGAGUGUUGGGAGCAUAGACAUCAUGGUUGGGAGCGCGAAAAUAAUAAAGACGAUCGCCCCGUUCAUUUCAUUUUCACCCUCUCUCCCUGAGGUUCAAGAAUGGCACUCAAUAACGCUAUUGUACGCAACAAGACAAUCAUUCAAGAAAUUCUAUCGGCAGAUCCCCAAUUCAUACUUGACAAAGUGUUAGAGGAAGGACUGAUAACCGGCCGCGAAUACACCAAACUAAACUCCAUCAAUAAGGGGGACGCAGAGGAUCUCGUUAUCGAGCUCGUGGACAAACUCAAUAACAAAGGAAGACAAUCCAAGUUCAUUGGGCUUCUGCUGGACGAGAUCGUCCUAGAAACGUAUCCUAAACUUGAAGACGUGGAAUGGGGAGACAGUGGGUCUACCGCCUCAUCGAGCAGUUUGAGUAUUGGACAUGGGGACAACAGGACGGUAGUAGAGCCAAGGAAAAAAACGAGAGGAAAUGGAGGCCGGAAAAGAAACGGAAGUGAAUCAGAAGAAGAAGUGACCAAUAAGAAACCUUGCACGGUGGAGGGGUCAGGCAGCAUCACUGAAACCCGCUCCGCAGGGCAAGCUCUGUCCGAGAGGCAGCUCAUGGAGGUGGCCGAAACGCUGGGACAGGAGUGGGAGCAGGUGGCCAUCCACCUGGCGCUAGAGACCAAAGAUCUGGACGACAUCAAGGCAGGACAUAGACCUGUGGUCAUGCAGAAGCAGAAGAUGUUGGUGCUGUGGAAGCGCCGAAGACCACCAGGAAAGGCCACAGCUCAGGACCUGCUGAGAGGUCUGGAAGACCUGGAGGACCUACCGGUCGAGACUCGUCAGUUAUUGUCAGGGCAGAAUCUGUCCGAUAAGCAGCUCCUGGAGGUGGCCCAAACUCUGGGACAGAAGUGGGAGCAGGCGGCCAUCCACCUGGGGCUGAAGACAGAAGAUCUGGACGACAUCAAGGCAAAACAUAGAUCUGUGGUCAUGCAGAAGCUGCAGAUGUUGGUGCUGUGGAAGCGCCGAAGACCAGCAGGAGAGGCCACAGCUCAGGACCUGCUGAGAGGUCUGAAAGACAUGGAGGACCUACCGGACAAUACUCCUCUGUCAUUAAGCGGGGAACUUCAAAGGAUCCGUUCUGAAUUUGUGAAGAUAGUUUCAAUCUCAGUUAUCGAAGGUCUCCUGGAUGAUCUUUGGCAGCAGCACGUGUUCAGUACUGAGGAAAAGGACUAUAUGAUGGAGGACUACAUAAUAAGAGCAGACAGGGCACGUUGUCUGAUCGACAUGGUGAUGGCGAAAGGGGAGACAGCAAGUCACAUAAUGAUUGACGGUAUGAAGAAAAGGGACCCUGACUUAUGCAUCACCCUGGGUCUGAUCUCUUCUCCUGCUGGUGUGGGACAUGGGGACGACAAGACGCUAGUAAAGCCGAAGGAACCAACGUUUCUUUCAAGGGCCAGAGACAAUAAAACCCGCUCCGCAGGGCGCAAUCUGUCCGAUAAGCAGCUCCUGAAGGUGGCUGAAAUGCUGGGAAAGGAGUGGGAGCAGGCGGCCAUCCACCUGGAGCUGAGCAUCACAGAUCUGGACGACAUCAAGGCAGACAGACAGACGGAUGUGGCCAUGCAGAAACACAAGAUGUUGGUGCGGUGGAAGCGCCAAAGACCACCAAGAGAGGCCACAGCUCAGGACCUGCUGAGGGGCCUGGAAGACCUGGAGGACCUACCGUUCAAGACUCGUCUGUUAUUGACAGAUUAUUGGACCGGCGAGGAGUUACCAAAUCUAUUGGAAAGAUUCCUAAACCAGUUCCAGAGGUCCAACGAGAAUGAGAGCCAUAUGCACGCUGUGUCCUCCACUGAAUCCAACCCCCCUGAGUCUGCUCCACAACUCCCUCAAGCAACAGAGGAAGAUGAAGAGGAUCCACCAUAUCCCAUGAAGGCUCAACCUAAAGGCUACUGCUUGAUCGUCAACAACUUUGACUUCAGCCGUUCCGUUCCGAAACUAGGUCAACGGAUGGGGACAGACAUUGAUGAAAAGAGCCUGAGGCGUGUGUUCAGCUGGCUGGGCUUCCAGGUGGAGGUGCUGCGGGACCUCACCAGAGCCCAGAUGCUCUCCUCCAUGCGGGAGCUGGCCAGCAGGGACCACAGUAAGAUGGACUGCGUGGCUUGCGUGGUCCUGAGCCACGGCCUGGAGGGCGGCGUGUACGGGGUGGACAGGGAGGUGGUCUGGCUGAAGGAGCUCGCUGACUUCCUGAAUGGGGUGCGGUGCGCCUCUCUGAGAGGGAAGCCCAAGCUGUUCUUCAUCCAGGCCUGCCAGGGCAACAAGAGGGAGCAGGCGGUCGCCGCCCUGGACAACAGACCCGCCCGCCCAGAGGUCAGCGACCAAACUGACACCCAGACGGACGGACCCAGCAGCACUGGGGUCCACACCCAGACUGACGGAUCCAGUAGCACUGGGGACCCCUGCAGCGACGGCAUGGAGGCGAGUGUGUUGAUACCCACCUCGGCAGAUUUCCUGACCGCCAUGGCUACCACUCCCUCCUAUACCUCUAUGAGAGUCGGGGGCCGAGGCUCCUGGUUCAUCCAGUCCUUGUGCCUGAAACUUGAGAAGUUGGUUCCUCGUGGCCAAGACUUAGCCAGGAUCCUGACGACGGUUCACAACGAUGUGGGCAAUAAGUCCAACCGCAUCGGCGGACGCAGACAGAUGCCCCAACAUCACACCUCUCUGCGGACACGUCUGGUCUUCCCCGUCCCUGAAGGCCCUCUUCCCCCUCUGCCCACCAGUCCCUAGCUACCAAGGCUCUGCUCCAAUUGGUCGACUGGUGCCCUCAAUGGUGCUUAUGUUGUCCGAAAUGUGAGUGCACGAAUCUGGAUCUCCACAUAGUGCACUACUUAAUAUCCAAAAAUGCACCAUAAAGAUUCAAGAUUCAAUACUUUAUUGCCAUACAACUCUGUACAAGUUGCUAGGGAUUUGUUUCAGUGUGCUCAUGACAGUACAUGACAGUACAAGACCCACACAAAAGACACAUAAAACAUAGAACAUCAUUUCAUCCAUGCAAUAUCCUUCCAAGGAUCCCACACAUAAGACAUAUAGCCCACUGCCACCUGGCUGACAGGCCAGGGUAAGUGCUGUAUGUUUGAUUAAAGUGACCGGUGCAAGUGAUGUGCAAAAUGGAGCAAUUCAUGUGCAAAUCUGCAUAAGGUCCAAUAAAUAAGUACAUAGUUAAGAAAACUCACAUUAUAUAAAAACAGUAGAAAUUAGUGUGUAUUAUACUAUGCAGGGCCACUGGGGGAGUCUGCAUUCCUGAUACACUGGUGUAGGGAUGAAGAGUUGUUAAGAGCUUUAAUGGUCCUGCAGUAUGUGCCGUUGAGGAAGCGGGAGGUUUUAGUUUUGAUGGCCCUCAACCUCCUACCUGAUGGGAGGGGAUUGAAGAGGGAGUUAGCAGGGUGUAAUUUAUCCUGAAGAGUUGUCAGGCCUCUACUGUGGAUACGGGCCUCGUAGAUGUCUGAGAUGGGAGGGAGACUGCAGCCAACUAUCUUGGAGGCCGUAUGGACAAUCCUGUCUAGUCGCAUCCUCUGCUGGACAGUAGGGUUGCCGUACCAGACUGUGAUUGAGAACGUAAGGACGCUCUCACAGGUGGCUCGGUAGAGCUGCUGCAUCCCCUUGCAGGCCAACUCAGACUUCUUUAGUUGGCGGAGGAAAAAGAGCCUCUGGUGGGCUGUUUAAUAAUAGCAGUGAUGUUAUCUUCCCAUUUCAGAGAGGAGGAGAUUAUUGUGCCCAGAAAUUUGAAGCUGUCUACCCGUUCCUCCACCGCCGCAUUGAUGGACAGAGGUGGGGUCUCCUUCCUCUGUCUCCGGAAGUCCACCACUAGCUCCUUAGUUUUUAUAAUAUUUAGCUCUACACUGUAAAAACAAAAACGUAAAAAUUAUUGGUCUCAUUAUGAUUUCUGAGUAAAAUGAAUAUAAAACAUUCAGUAUUCAUGUCAACUGUGCAAUGCAAUUUAGUCCAACCAACAAUGUUGAGUUUUGGGUCAAGAGUUGGGCUCACUGUAGUAGUGUAGGGUUUAAGUCAGACUCUGUCUGAGGCUGGGCCAACUACGGUGCACAUGCGCAUUUCGACACUUUGGAAAAUACGGGGUUUCCUAACGGAAACUACCCCCCGGGGAGUCUGGGUAUUCGUGAUGCCGGUUGGGAAAAAGGGGUUUAUUGCCUUUUGUCAAUUUGUUUCUGUUAGGUUAAGUGGGGUUAACGGGUUUGGGGUCUUUAUUGUUUGUGUGUUUAUUGUGCGUAGUGUUGCCGCCACCGUUACAGAGACUUGCAUGUCCGUUGUUUGGGUGUGCGGUGCGCUGUGUGUUGUGGUUGUGUGUUAAAUAAAGGCAGCUCUCGGGAUCGUGCGGUGUAUGAGGCACGAUAGUUGCGUCACCGUUUAACCUGGGCUCCCGUCUCGUGCAGAAGAAGUUUGACCAUAAUGUCAAACUUGUUCUGCACUUUGGUUUGCUGCAUUUAAACAGCGAUUCUCUGCGGCUGAACUAGCUACAUGUUGCUUGUUCUAUUGCUGUCUUGCAUUCCGAAAUGUAAAAUGGAAGUUUCCAAUUAUUAAUUUUAAUAAAGUGAACUUAAAACAUGUUUUGCAUUUUGAAAUGUUUUUUUUUAAAAUAAUAUUAAAGGGGUAGUUCGGAAUUUUGGACAUAGGGCCUGAUUCCCAAGUGAGCAUUGGUAUUCUAUAUCACUGGAGACAGUUUAACACAUUUCAUACAAUCCUUCUAGUUGCAGAGUUCGCUCGUGCUAGGCUAGCGCAAGUCAACGGGCAAUGCUAGCCUGCUAUUAAAAACAGUCUUACCCACUCCACAGUACACCCGAGGUAAAUCAAUUAUAACGACAGACUAUAGAUUUAAAUGUCUGUGUUGAUAGAAUAAUGUUAGAAAUAAAACUAACCUAGAGUUAGAGUCAGUUAAAUUAAAUUAUUUUAUAUAUUGUAAUAACUCCUUUCGUGUCUGGGCAUGGGAGGUAUCUAUCCCCGUGGAUCUAUCAAUCUCCGGUUGGAGAGUGCAAUUCUCCAACCGUCUGGGCAUGGGAGGUAUCUAUCCCCGUGGAUCUAUCAAUCUCCGGUUGGAGAGUGCAAUUAAAAUCUCCACCUAUUAUGAAAAAAGUGAGUAAAGUUCAUCACCUCCUACGCACGUCACCUCCUUCGGUUAACUCAGGCAGACCCACCAACCGCACAUUCGAGCGGCGUGCUCGGUUUUCCAAGUCAUCCACCUUUAGCACAAGCUCAUCCAUAGCUGCUUUCAUGGUGGUGGUCUGUGUUUUCAGAGAUGUUAGGUCGUCUUCAUUGGUGCCAAUUCGGUCUUCAGCUUCGGUCAGUCGGCCAGACAGUGACUUUAAUUCGCCUUGCACUGAAUAGCGCCCAAUAGCCCAUCAAACCUCGACACAAAAUCUUCUUUCAUUGUCUGGAUAGCGUUGAGAAUUGGACCAGGGCUAAUUGUGUCGUCGUCGCUAGUAUUGGAACUAGUUAGCAUCGUCGGGCUGGAAGAACCAUCGGUUGAUUUAGUAGACUUUGAAGUCUUUGGCUGCAGUUUCGGUGGCAUUAUGGCUGUUUGCUGUGUUUUUUGAUCAGUAGUAACUGUUUUCUUAGUGAU